AAUUAAUUAAUUCAACUUAUUUCUCUGUAGCUGUUACUGCCGACGACAGCUCCAUGGAUGAGGGCAAGAUGACCAAGAGAGCGAAAAGGAGAACCACAGAGCCAGCGCGAAAUCCCCUGCCUCUGGCAGCUCUUCAGUUAGCUCCGAGCACGUGACCCCCAUGCUCGUCGAACGCUCGUCGUUUUCUAAAGACCAGCUGCCCUUCUCUGCCCUCUCAUCGCCCUUGCCGCUGUCCAUGUCCCGCUCCCCUGACCUCGGGGGCAAGUCGUUGGCGGCGGUACGUGGGGGACGGGGUUCGAGCCCUUCUCCCAGCAAGAAGACCAAGACUCCUUGCGGUUCCGCCUUUGUUGUCCCCGUUGGUCAGUCGUUAAACUCGUCUUCGUCGUCGACGAUGUCGUCGGUCCCUUCGCCACAGCAGCCAGCUUCGUCGUCGACCAAAGCCAAGCCGUCGCUGUUUAAGUCUGUGAUGUCAGCAACUGCAACUCCCCCUCUUGUGGUGCCGUCCUCUCCAACUUCCGGCUUCCCAUCCAACAGCUCGGCAUCCGGAGUGGCUAGUCCUGGGGAGCUGUCCUUUCCUGGCGGUCAUUCUCUGUUCUCGUCCCCGCACAAGAGUAGUCUUCCCCUUUCUCUGCCCUUCCAUCUCCCAUUUCCAGGGUUCCUGCAGCUGGCCGCAUCCUCUUGCGUGUCCUCAUCGUCAUCAGUCCACAGCACAGCAUCAGCCACCUCUCCAGCUCACAGCCAUGCGCAAACAGCUUUACCAUCCACCACUUCCGGUUCCGCGUUCUUGGACAGUUCAGCAGCAGCAGUAACAGCAGCGGCGGCGGUGGCGGCGCCCUUGCCAGGAAGUGGCCGUUUGAUUCCAGUUCCGGCCACUCUGACGCAAACGCAUUCGACGAUGGCUUGGCCGCAGCUUCCUGCUUCUAGUUCCUGGUCCUCCACUUUGUCCUCCAGCAACUGGCCCUCCAACACCUGGCCCUCCAGCGCUUGGCCUCCGUCCUUGCCUCACCUGAGCGAUAGGGACGAGGCGCAGCUGGUGACGCAUGUGCUGCAGGCAGUCCAGAGCAACAUCCGGUGGGUGGCGGGGCUUCCGAGCUUUGCCGAGCUCAGCCGAAGGGACCAGCUGGUCUUGCUGGAACAGUCGUGGAGUGAGCUGCUCAUGCUCAGUGCUCUUCAGGGUCAGCUGUGCCACGAGCUAGUGUUUCUUACAUCACUGUCUGGCCUGCAAAACAAGGAGACGUUGACGAUGGAGUUGAUGAAAAUCACAUCUCGUGCGCAUGCGCUAUCCAUUGAUGGAGAGGAGCUCAGUCUGCUUAAGUGCUUGGCUCUGUUUAGACCAGAACGUCGAGGUCUAGUGGACACGAGGACUGUGGAAGCCAUCCAGGAAAACGCGACAGUCAUGCUAAACCAGCACGUGCAGUCCGUGGUGCCUCCCCUCCACGCCCCAGGGCUGCGCCACACCAACCUGCUGCUGCUACUGAAAGACAUCCAGGACCUGCAGCCUGCUGCGCUGGCCGCUGCCCUCUUCCGGCGCCUGCCGCAUGCUCUGCCCGUCGAACUCUUCGUCUGCAACGUCUUCACCAUGGCGCUGGACCGGCGCUGACGUCACUCGUGUGACAGAAAACACGAUAUGCGACCGCAGGGGCCGGAACCUGUAUGUGCCCUCAUGCCUUAUCUCCCUUACUUGCAUUAGAAGCUCGGAGAAGGGGGAAGGAUGUCGGGCCUUUCAAAGGCAGGCUAUCCCGGAUAGUCGGCUUCCGGUCAGACGGUUCGAGCGCACUUCAUUCCCGUUUAGCGACGUGACGUAGGAGGCAGCACCCCGAAAGCUUCGGCGAGGAUAUCCGCGAGAGAUAAAAAUAGAGGAGAACAAAAUAGUCUGGAUCCGUGAGCUACAGCUUCAGGCGUAGUGACUUUUCUGCUGAAACAUUCAAAACACGUGACGUAAGGAGCGAAAAAGCGGGCGAUAACCCAAAAGAAAUUUUACUGAAGCUAUAGAUCAGUCAAAUUCUUGUUCCUCAUCGACAGAUCACUUCUUUCUAUCCAUUUGACAUUUAACCCCACUCUAUCCCUUUAGGAUGAUUAGGACGACCCAUAAAAGACGUAGUCAAAGUCUUUGAUCGGCAAUGCACGUGAAACAUUACCUACAGUUAACAUACUCUUAAGAGCUAGACACUCUAGGGACAGAAUUAUUUGAAUGGAAAUUGAUGGUAGGUACCACUAACACACAAUAGUACCUCUCCUCUUACCAGGCACAACCCAACGAUCUCUAUAUUUUUAUUUUCAAACUUUCAUUUCCAAGUCCUUUUUCUUCCAUCUUCCACUAAAUGCAAUUUUUCAACACAAACUAAUGAUAUUUAGCAUUAUUUAAGUUUAAUAAAUGCUGUUCAGUUUUAA